GCGCACCACUGAACAGCGCAACAUCUAUGCAUUACAUUUCAAUUCUGGCGGGUGCUGCUCAGCCAGGUCGAGGCGAUGCGCCUCUUUUUAUUGCUGCUACUGCUGCUGCUGCACCUGCUGUGCAGUAUAGCUCCCGGAGAAGCAUUCGUUGCGAAGGUGGCACUCUCUGCCGCCUCGAAAUCUAGACUCGGGCGGAACGAUGAUGGCACGACGAACUCCUGGUCAGCUAUUUCAGGGCGACGUCCUUCAGGGCGACGGCGACGUCCUUUUUUACCGCACGCGUUGCGGGUACGUGCCGACGAUGGGGGAGGGGACGAAACACCCGGCGAUUAUUCUACCGAGAUCCGGGCCGUGGACGAGAAGGUCGAGGCUGUCGAGGAGGAUAUACAGGCUGUCGCGCGGGAGAUCGGUUCCGUGGGGAAGAAGAUCGAGGCGGUGGAAGCUGCACUCUCUGGGGGACUUCCUUAUCUUGGGAUCGCUGACCGCGACCUCCUGCUUAAGGAAAAGGAGCAGCUCCGAAGGGAAAAGGAGCAGCUCCGGAAGAAGGAAGAACAGCUCCGGAAGGAACAGCUCCUGCUGUUGGAGAAGCUACCAGCAGCAGCUGUACCAUCCGCAGUUGUAGUAAACCCUCCGAUCAUGCGUAGGGGGGCGUAG